AGUCCUUUUUUCUUGGUCAUCUUUUUAAACUGUGGAAGAAUUGCUUGCAUUUCUAUACUUUUACGUGUGGAGAAAGUUUGUAUUCCUUGCUUUCUCGCACUGCGGCGUGGGUGAUGUUCGUAGUGAGAGACGGACGAGGAGCAAAGUUUGAGCAGCGAGGCUACGAUCACAUACAAUUGCAUAAUAUGUUUGUAUAUUUAUAUGUGAAACACAAGGUUACUUGAGAUAUUUUGAGACACAUUGCACCCUGACUGACGCCGAUAUUUCGUUAGACCUGUCACUGCUGUGUUACUACUCAAUCAGCCUAUUGAACAGAAUUAUUGUACAUCAACAUCUUGCAUAGUUGACUUCUACUGUUCUGCAUCCUGCUUCGGGCAAGUUCCUCCUGUUACUCUCCUGCUUCUUGUAAACAUGUAUUGAAUGAAGUGGACCUAAUCAGUGGUUCAUAACGUCCCAAAAUCAUGUCUGUUGUAUAUUCGAAUCUCAAGUGAAUCUAGCAGUGUGUUCAUUUGUGUGUGUACAUAUUAUGCCCCACUCUAUUAGCUAAUACCAUCUUUUAUCCAAUUUACAAUGAAUUUUUGGCAGAAUUCCCACGUUUCGUUUCAAAUAUGUUUGAUGUAAAGUUACAUGUUGUUUUUCUAUAUUAACCAUGAAAUGAAUGAGCCAAGAGGGCAAUAAGGCUCACGUCUGCAAUUUGUUUGUACUAAGGUGAUACCUUUGAAUGUGGUUGGUUGUGAGGGUAUAGAGAUGGAUUGCAGAGUGGGUGGACCAAUUUGUAACAUGUUGCCUGUCAAGUGAAAGUCUAUUUUAGCCCAUCUUUUGUUUGUAUGGGAUUCACUUUACUGCUCCACUUUUAACAUAUCAUUCAUCAGAAUAUUUUAAAAUUUGCACAUGUGGUGGUGCAAUAAACAAGGUCUGAUUUUCUAGCCAAAUUGGCAGACUCUAGGCCAAUUCAGUCAGUUGUCUUUGAUCACCAUGAAGUUUGAGACAACUCUUUAAUUUUGUAGUUUUGUGUAAAACCGAGUUUCACAGAUUUGCGAAGUUUUAGAAAAUGUAGUUUUUAGAAAAAGUGUGAGUGAGUGGAACAAGUAAAAAAUCUUUACCCUCAAAUCUGACCAAUAAUAUUUGUACUGAUUUGAAAAAAUGUGUGCAUCCAACUCUAUAAAACUCAGGUCAGCCCCAUCAGCCAUGGCUAUUUUGGCAGAGCAACGCGGAUUGCUAGCGGAAACUCAAUCAUCAGAGUCUAGAAAACCACUCAGAACUCCAAGGAGAACUUACGAGGACAAUUUUGACUUUGCUUUUAGCUUUUACCAGCCCAUGUUAGACUAUAUGGAUAAAAAAUUGACUGCUGACUUUCCCUUCGACCGUAAAGAACUGCCCCAUUUGCCCUACGUCGAUGAAAGAUGUCUACUUGAGCCACUUAGGCUGAGAAAUACUCCAAAUAAGAAAAUAUGCAAAGAGGAGCAUGCAAAUAGUAGCCGGUCCAUUUUGAGUCCUGCACUUGUACAAAGAGUUCAAAGAGAAGCUCAUCGGUCCCUCGAGGAAGAAAAUAAAUCUUCCAAGUUGAAAGACAUGAUCGAAGCAUCCGAAGGGAGAGAAAGGGGAAGAAAAGUAUUACAGCAACAACAACAACUCCUACGACGUAGUGGUGGUAAUAGUUUCGCGUCUUCGUCUGCUGGUAAUCCAGAUCUGUCAUUUUCCUCGUCCAGAGCAAUAGAAAAAAGCACUUUGGGUGCUGAUGGAGGAAUGUCUAGGGUGAAAUUAGGUGUGAGUAAUUCGAUGUCGUCCUCCUCAGUUUUGGCUCACUUUUCCCCCAAUGUUUCUGACUGUUCAAAAACUUUUUCCGUGACCAAGACUCGUACUAAGACUGUGGAUGAGCCACUUGACAAAUCCUUGAACCGGAAGUUGGCAGCAACCUCGACAAAUUCAGGGUCCACUUCGAUUAAAUUUGGCGAUUCGCAAAAUAAAACAACUUAUCAUACCGAAAACUCUGAACGCAAUCAAAAUGGGUUUUCUCCACUUUCUAAAUCUAAAUCCAUUGCAGCUGUAACAUGUAAUAAAACAACCCAAGACAGGAUGAAAGCUAUCUCUGACAAGUAUAACAAUAUAAUGCACAAAGAUCCCGUUGGGAAGAUUGAGACCUCCUCCUCGUUCUCUAGAAAAAAUUCUUCUUUUUCUGACUUUGGAAGAUUUCAUAAUAACAUCAAAAUGAAUGAAAGUGUUUGCAAUAAUGACGAGAAUGAUGAUUUCAAGACUGGCAUGUCGAGAUUUAGAGGGACGAGAAAAACUGUGCACUUUUUACCAUCUCGACCUCCACCAAGGGUUGGGAUAUUAGAUAGAAAUAAGGGUAUUAAUAUGCAAAGUGAAGAUGCAGAAUAUUGGAAGGGCUUGUGGUAAGCCUGAUGUGUGUAUUAGUGCACUUUUUAUGCCAUAGUAUAAUUAUCAUGCAAGACCAUGUAACUCCACUGUGAUUUAAAGGUCUGUGGGUCUUCUAGUCUAAAUUGAACUUUUUUUUAUUAUCUAUUCU